AUGGACGUUGCAUAUAUCGCAAGCAUUGGGCUUCCUGUGCACUGCACCGCAGGCUGCAAAGUGCAGCCGGCCGAGCAGGAAGAUGGCAUCGCCUUGAACGGUUGCGGGCAAGAGCAGCACUCGGCGGGCGACCAAUCGGUUGCAAGCAAACCGCUGUACAUGGAUGCUACCUACGUCUUCCAAUGCAGAGCCAUCUUGAUAAGCUCAAAGCUCAGCGAGGACGGCCAGGCCCUGCUUGUUGAGCUUAGCCAGACAGUCUUCCAUCCUCAAGGCGGAGGCCAGCCUGCAGACAUCGGGCGGUUGGUGGCCGACGGACUGCCUUCACUCGACGUAGUUUUUGCCUCCAAGGACAAGGUGGAUCCACGAGUAUUGUGGCAUGAGUGUAGAGGUGAUUUUCAGCCCUGGCUGGGCAAAAAAGGUCUGGAAGUUGUUUGCAAUGUCGACGAGCCUCGACGGCGUCUUCAUGCAAGACUGCAUUCUGCUGGACACCUGCUGGAUGUUGCCAUGAUGGCUUUGGGCUUUCGCUGGAAGCCAGGCAAAGGCUAUCACUUCCCAGAUGGGCCAUAUGUGGAGUACUUACCGUCCCAGGACGGGCGUCAGCUCGAUGUGAAAGAUGCGAAAGCAAAGGAACUAGCGAUGCAGGAGCUGGCAUCCAAGAUGAAGGAGCUGAUCGACAAAAAAGUUUCCACAAACAUCGACUUCGUGGAUGGUGUACGAAUGAUCGCAAUGGAUGGUGUCUCCUGUGGCUGUGGUGGUACACAUGUGGAGCACUCUGGAGAGAUCGGCGAGGUCUCCAUCAAGAAGAUUCAGGCGAAACAGGGCAACAUUCGCGUGUCCUAUGCUGUCGCCUGA